AUGUCCGCCCAGCUCAUGGGCAAUCCCGCCCACAACCAGAUGGCCCACAUGAACCAGCAACAGCUGCACCAGCACCAGCAACACCAGCUGCAGCAGGUCAUGGCAAGGGUAAACUACCUCCGCCAAAACCCAACAGAACAAAAGGCUCCAGGUGAACUCGAGAACCUCUUGAAAUUCAUCCAAAAUUUCAGCAACAGACAGCAGGCCAGUCGCGCACAGCAGCCCAUGCAGCAGAUGGCAACAAAUGGCCAUGUAGCCCCGCUAGCUAAUGGCAAUGUUGCCAAUGCUGCUUCGAUACCCCAGGGCUCAGGACAAGCCCAGCAGUUCGCUGCGCCAGCUCAAACGCCAGUAUCCUUCACACCAGCACAAAUCAACGCUCUACGAUCCCAAAUUCAUGCCUUUAAACUGUUGCAGCGCGGUAUGCCCGUCCCAGACCACCUGCAACAAGCAAUUCGAGUCCCAAACAAUGCUGUUCCCGAGCUCGAAAAGCUCUUGCAGGGCCCAGACGUGCCUUCAAGAAUCGUCGACUCGGCAGUCAAGGUGUCCAAGGCAGAGACACCCAGCCAGCCAUCCACUACACCAGCCCCUGCUGCCACUUCGACCACAGAGGAGGUCAAGGCAGAGGAACAGGAUCCCUCUGUCGACCCCUCGACCUUCCCCAAGGGCCCCUUCCUCGAAGACGACGUCAACUCGGGCAUUUAUCCCUACAAUGCCUACCGCCACCCAUUCAGCCACCUCAAGCGACCAGCAGACGUCGAUCCACAGCUUUUUGCCACCCGGUUACAGAGACUGCUGAUACCCACCAUCAUGCCUGCCGGUCUCGACGCCCACCAAAUUAUCAACGAACGAGAGCGAUACAUCGAAGCGCGAAUUCAACAACGUAUCCGCGAGCUCGAGGCUCUACCGUCCACCAUGGGCGACGGCGACUUUGACGAACCAAUCGACCUUGGCGAAGGUCCCUCAGAGGAAAAGGAGAACAAGACCGAGUUCGACACGGAGCAAGCUCUUAAAGCUCUCAUCCACCCUCCACCAACAGCGCACGGCAAGCUCCGUGCUCUGAUUGAACUCAAGGGCCUGCGCGUUCUUGAGAAGCAGCGCGCCAUGCGUGCUCAGGUCGCCGAACGCCUCGCCCAUGGCUCCAUGCUCCCUAUCAACCGCCUCGACUUUAGGCGCACGCGCAAACCCACCAUCCGCGAUGCCCGUACCAUCGACCAGCUCGAGCGCAAACAACGUAUGGACCGCGAGAAGCGUGCCAAGCACAAGCAUGUCGAGCAGCUGCUCAUCAUUUGCACGCAUGGACGGGAAGUGCUUAGUGCUAACCGCUCAGCACAGGAUCGGAUGCUCAGGUUGGGGAGGUCGGUGCUCAACUUCCACGCACAGACGGAGAAGGAGGAGCAGAAGAGGAUUGAGAGGUUGGCGAAGGAGCGUUUGAAGGCGCUCAAGGCGGACGAUGAAGAGGCGUACAUGAAGCUUAUUGACACCGCGAAGGAUACUCGUAUUACCCACCUGCUCCGACAGACCGAUGCUUACCUCGAUUCGUUGGCGCAGGCUGUGAGGGCUCAGCAGAACGAGCACGGGGGCUUGCAGUAUGAUACGGAGGAUGGACCUACCUCGGAGGCAACGUUUGGUGCUCAGGUCACCAAUGACGAGGGAGACGAUAAGAAGGUGGAUUACUAUGCUAUUGCGCAUCGUAUCAAGGAGAAGAUCACGAAGCAGCCGUCGUUGCUUGUGGGUGGCACGCUCAAGGAGUACCAGCUCAAGGGUCUCCAGUGGAUGGUCAGCUUGUACAACAACAAGCUUAACGGUAUCCUCGCCGAUGAGAUGGGUCUCGGUAAAACCAUCCAAACUAUCUCCCUCAUCACCUUCCUCAUUGAGGUCAAGCGUCAACGUGGUCCUUACCUCGUCAUUGUUCCUCUGUCUACUAUGACCAACUGGUCUGGAGAGUUCGCCAAAUGGGCUCCGCAAGUCCGGACAAUCUCGUACAAGGGUAAUCCCCAACAGCGAAGGAUGAUUCAGCAGGAGAUGAGGGCUGGUCAAUUCCAGGUGUUGUUGACGACGUAUGAGUACAUCAUCAAGGAUAGGCCUAUUCUCAGCAAGAUCAAGUGGGUGCAUAUGAUUAUUGACGAAGGUCAUCGUAUGAAGAACACCCAAUCCAAGCUCGCUCAAACUCUCACAACGUACUACCACUCCCGCUACCGUCUCAUCCUGACGGGUACCCCUCUCCAGAACAACCUCCCUGAACUCUGGGCCCUCCUCAACUUCGUCCUGCCCAAGAUCUUCAACUCUGUCAAAUCCUUCGACGAAUGGUUCAACACACCCUUCGCCAACAGCGGUACCGGCGACAAGAUCGAGUUGAACGAAGAAGAGGCGUUGCUUAUUAUUAAACGUCUGCAUAAGGUGCUGCGACCGUUCUUGUUGAGGCGGUUGAAGAAGGAUGUGGAGAGUGAGUUGCCGGAUAAGGUGGAGAAGGUGAUCAAGGUCCGCAUGAGUGCGCUGCAGAGUCAGUUGUACAAGCAGAUGAAGAAGCACAAGAUGAUUGCGGACGGAAACAAGGAUAACAAGGGCAAAUCCGGUGGAAUCAAGGGUCUCUCGAAUGAGCUCAUGCAGCUUCGAAAGAUUUGCCAACACCCCUUCCUCUUCGAAUCUGUAGAAGACAAGAUGAACCCUUCAGGAUGGAUCGACAACAAGCUCAUCCGCGCUUCCGGCAAAGUCGAGCUCCUCUCCCGUAUCCUCCCCAAAUUCUUUGCCACCGGGCAUCGUGUCCUCAUUUUCUUCCAGAUGACCAAGGUCAUGGAUAUCAUGGAGGACUUUUUGAAGUUUAUGGGGUGGAAGUAUCUGAGGUUGGAUGGUGGUACCAAGACCGAGGAGCGUGCGCAGUUUGUGCAGUUGUUCAACUCGAAGGAUUCGGAGUAUAUGGUUUUCAUUUUGUCCACGAGGGCUGGUGGUUUGGGUUUGAACUUGCAGACUGCGGAUACUGUUAUCAUCUUCGACAGUGACUGGAAUCCGCACGCCGAUUUGCAGGCCCAGGAUCGUGCGCAUCGUAUUGGACAGACUCGUGCUGUGCUCAUUCUUAGGUUUAUUACUGAGAAGAGUGUGGAAGAGGCGAUGUACCAGCGUGCGCGAUACAAGCUUGAUAUUGACGACAAGGUCAUUCAAGCUGGUCGAUUCGAUAACAAGUCUACACAGGAGGAACAGGAAGAGUUCUUGCGCUCCAUUCUCGAAGCCGACCAAGAAGAAGAGAACGAGGAAGCCGGCGACAUGAAUGACGACGAGCUCAACGAACUCUUGGCUCGAGGCGAACACGAAGCCCAAAUUUUCCGCGAAAUCGACGCCAAGCGUGAGCGGGAAGUGCUCGAGGCCUGGCGUGCCGCUGGGAACAAGGGCAAGCCUCCGCCACCGCUCUUCCAGUUGGAGGAACUUCCGGAAUGCUAUCAGACGGAUGAGCCGUUCCAGGCUGCUGAGGUUGAUGAUGUCAUGGAAGGCCGAGGACAGAGGAAGAGGAAUGUCGUUAGCUAUAAUGAUGGACUGGAUGAUGAUACCUGGGCGAUGGCUCUCGAAGAGGGUGAAGAUAUCCAAGAACUCACCGAGCGCGCUAGGGAGAAGAAGGAGCGCCGACUUGCCAACAAGCUGCUCAAGGAGGAGUCCGCACGGGGAACACCAGCCUCCGAAGGAGGCGACGGUCGCGGACGCAAGAAGAAGGGCAAAGCCAAGGCUACCGACUCUGAAUACUCUGCCAUCCUACCCGCUGGCUCUAAACGCAAACGUGGAGGUCAGAAGAGCCAUUCUGCCACGCCAUCCAUCGCUGAUGAAGAUGAAGAGCCUGAAAUCGGUGGAUAUCAGAAACGUCGCAAGACCAAGGCUGGGCCGUCGAGUAGCAAGGAUGAUGUCCCCCCUGCUGUGCGUGAGCGCAUGAAGAAAGCCUUCCAGGAGUGCUUCAAGGCUGUGACGAAUUGCGAAGCUGAGGCUGGAAGGAAACGAUGUGAAUUGUUCAGAGAGCUUCCUGAUCGACGGGACUACCCCGACUACUACCAACUCAUCAGCCAACCCAUCUCCCUCGCUCAGAUCCGCAAACGGUAUACCGGCACCCACUACAAGAGCGUCCAACAAUUCAAGAAUGAUUUCCUGCUCAUGUUCAACAACGCAAGGACGUACAACCAGGAAGGGUCAUGGGUGUACGUUGACGCCGACGAGAUGGAGAAGGUGUUCAAGAAGGCGUUUGAAAAGCACAUCGCUGGCACGGAUUUGCCUGGGGCUCCUCCGGCUGCUAGCAAUUCGUCGACGACGUCGUACGAGUCGGCAUUGACCCCGAUGGAGGAGGAUGAGAGGCCUGUUCCGUCAAGGAGUAGAUCUAUCAAGAAGAACGUGGUGGCGAGUGAUGAGGAGGAUGAUUAUCUCACUCCUAGUGACGAUGAUUAG